AUGUACGAAGUCAAGUUGCACAUAUAUGAAAAUCUAUUGCAACAAUAUGCUCAAAAAAGAUGUCUUAUUAUGUCUGUGUAUGCUAAUAAACUCGACUACCCUCCUCAUGCUCUCCACUACAAGUCACAUCAUACCAAAGUUGCUCGUGAAGUUUUGUCAAUUGUUAAGACCCAAGAGGCCAGAAUAUACAAAAAUGUCCUACAAGAAAUGGCCCAAAAAGAAGGUCUUAUGUUUCUGUCAUAUGAGACAUCCCAAGCAGGUCCUCACAAAAUUGGAUUUGUGUCAUUUGUUGUGGUUGGAAAUGACACUUUCCAAGGAAUUGAAGCCAAAACUAAGAAGCAGACAAAAGCAAAUGCUACUGAAGUGGCUCACAAUAAUCUUACUUGA